CAACGACACAGAAUUGGAACGAUAACUCUUGGGGUCAAUGAACAGGUGCGGCGAUACAAACGCUCAGUAUCAUUAUUUUCGCUCGCUAGGCGAAACGGGAUUCGUCACUCUUCGGCGGGCGACGCGGGGCGAGCGUCACCCCCGCCUCUCCUCGCCCCUCCCGCACCGCACCGAUGUCGCUCAGUCGUGACGUAGCGUCCACCACAGUCACACGUACGCAAUGAAUCAACCCGGCACAUCUCUUUUUAUCAAACUGGUUAAAAGCCAACCAAUACUAUACGACGCAAGUCAUAAAGAUUACAAAAAUGUGUACCUCAAGAAUAAAAUAUGGGACGAUAUCGGCGAAAAGGUUGAAAUGUCUGGUGAUUUCGCAAAGAUGAAAUGGAAGAACCUACGCGACACGUACAUCAAGUACCUAAAAACCAACCAGGCAAUGUCUAAACACGGCCUAAACACUUCAAGCUACAUUCGAUACGGUAAAUGGCAGUGGGCUUCAAGCAUGUCCUUCAUAAAACACCACACGGGUGUACUAAACGACACAACUAGAGAAUUAGAAGCAGCAAAUAAAGACACAGAGGCAGAAUCAGACAAAGAAGAGGAAAGCAUUCCUACAACAAGCAAUAACACUUAUAAUCAUAGCAAAAAAAAUCGUUAUAACCCCAGAAAAAGAUCAAGAAGCAUCACUCACCACGACUCACUACCACCAGCUAAAAUAUCAAACAGUUUAACAUCAACCGAACAUAUAAUGAUAGGAUACGCAAAAGCUAUCGACGGCUUCAGUUCCGAACGCCGUAAAAUUCUAACCAAAAUGAAGAUAGCUAAUAUUAUGAUGGAAGCUGAAUUGGAAGAUGAGCAAGAACGAUCAAGGGAAGCACUUAAUAUAAUAUCUGAUAGUGACGAUUCUGUAGAACCUAGUGCUAAUAAGAAUGACCAUGUAAGAAAGUCUCGACGGACUAUAGGUCCAGAUUACAGUUCUAGUUUUUCUCCUGUCGAUUCACCAAUACAAGUGCCUGAACCUAAAAAGGACAUUGAAAAAAUUACUGAACAAAACGAGGAUCCUUUUGCAGAUGUUAAAUGUAAAAUUGAAAUUGAAGAUAAUGAAUGAUCAUGUCAAUAAAAGAUAUCUGUUUCCUUAGAACGAGUUUGCUUUACAUUUAAUUUAAUCAAAACGAUCUGAUUGGCCCGCUUAAAUAAACCAACCAAUCAAAGCUCUCGUUUCGAUUACUUUAAACGUAAAUCAAACAAAUACAGAGAAAAAAAAUUACAAUGCUUGAUUUCCAUCCUUGCGGAGCUAUUGUACCUAUUUUAUAGCAUUUCUCUAAGUUACUAUAAGUGCUUUAAAUACUGACGAACAUGCUGUGAAUUUAAUAUGUGAGGCGCCUUUUGAAACAGUGCCUAACUUUAGAAAAAACAUUGAUUUUAAAAAGACACAAGAAAUUAUUUUUAAAAUGUUAAUUCAUUGUAAGUGAUAAUUAAGAAUAUUUCUGAAGAAUUUAAAUUAAAAUGUGGUGAAAUGUA